AUGCUGAACUUCAAUGCACCACUCCUCUCAACCCGCCGCCUUGGAAACUCCGGCGGUGAAGAUUUACAAGGUGCAUCGCUGCCAGCGAGCGAGCGGAUUCCGUUUUCCUGGGAACGAGUCCCUGGCAAGCCCAAGGACUCGAAUGCGGGUGACGAUAUCCAGCCUGGGGACACUCCUCGCCCAAAGCUUCCCCCAGGCUGGUGGCACCGGCCUCUUGACAAGGACAACGAGUGUGAUCAUGAACUCGAUGAUGGAUGUGAGGGCGACAUUGAUGACGAUGAUGAUCUACGUGACCUUGAGGAUGAUAUCUACGAUGUUGAUUACAGCAACGAGGCCUUCUCGGAUGCCAUAGAUGUGUUCUCACUCUCAGAGGCAAUAGACAUUGUGGAAAAGAAAGCACAGAGAGAACAAGAAACAGAUCACAGCUUGAAGUUGAAGCUUGCAGAAGAAUCAAGGCACGAGAUGAAUCAAAACUGUCCGAAUUUCAUAAUCGAGCGGUUUCUUCCGGACGCAACUGCAUUGGCUGCACCUUCUGCUCUGAAGCUAAACGUGUCACAGAUGAGUUCAAGCAAGAGACUCUGCUACCCGUGGAAUUAUCCGGAGCCGGCGGAGGCCUGUGUUUCGAGAACGGUGUGCAGGCAGUCGUACUCGUCGCCCAAGGGUUGUGGCUUGCAAGGUUUCUUCCCUUGGCGGAUGAAGCAUAAGCUCUGUCGAGCGAAAAGCCCUGUCGAUGCACAAGCUCAAUGCAGUGUAAAACACAAGAAAAAUAGAUCAUGA